AUGCGGCGGCCCCGCCCCGCCCCGCCCCGCCCCGGCGCCCGCUCACCUCGCGCGUCUCGGCGUGGGCCGCCGGACCAGCCACCUCUCGGCGCCCCGGGCCUGGACCCCGCGCCACCCGCACCCCAGAUCCUCCAAGGCCUAGGCCCAUCCGCUCGCGGACGGGCCUGGGGAGCGUUGGCUCGCCUUCCGGAAGCGCCUGGGAUCUUUGGGGCCACACACCCUGCGACCACUUUUCAAAUCCUGUUUAAGGACAGUAACCGUCACCAGGGGAAAAUAACAAAGGAAACAAAGUAUCUGGUCAGCGGGGAAGGUUUCCACCUGUGCAUCCUGUUUGCCAGCGAGCCUGCCGGCCCCUGUGGCAAUCCACCCAUUGUGUUUCCAUCAGCGUCAGGUGGCUGGAAGGGGCCCCUGCAGAGCUUCCAGGCCCGGCCCGAUGACCUGCUCAUCAGCACCUACCCCAAGUCCGGCACCACCUGGGUGAGCCAGAUUCUGGACAUGAUCUACCAGGGCGGUGACCUGGAGAAGUGUCACCGAGCUCCCAUCUUCAUGCGGGUGCCCUUCCUUGAGUUCAGAGUCCCAGGGAUUCCCUCAGGGAUGGAGACUCUGAAAGACACAGCAGCACCACGACUCCUGAAGACACACCUGCCCCUGGCUCUGCUCCCCCAGACUCUGUUGGAUCAGAAGGUCAAGGCAUCUGAAGAAGCCUCUCUCAGGGCAUUGGAAAGUCUGAUGACAGAAUUUUUUCACGAUUGUACAACCAAUGAAAGAAAACGUGAGAUAGAGGAGCUUCUUAAUAACUUUGCCCAGCAAAUAGGAGCCUGGAGAUUCUGCCUGUACUUUCUCUCCAGCACUAGGAAUGACUAUGUAAUGAUGUACAGUUUAACAGUUUUUGAGAAUCUGAUCAAUAAAAUGUGGCUUGGGGUCCCAUCUCAGGAUAAGAUGGAAAUCCGUAGCUGCCUGCCCAAACUCCUUUUGGCUCACCAUAAAACCUUACCUUACUUUAUCCGGAACAAGCUCUGCAAAGUUAUUGUUGAUAUUGGACGUCAGGAUUGGCCUAUGUUCUACCACGACUUUUUUACUAACAUUUUACAGUUGAUCCAGUCCCCUGUGACAACCCCCCUUGGGCUGAUCAUGUUGAAGACAACUUCAGAAGAGCUGGCUUGUCCCCGUGAGGACCUCAGUGUGGCUCGGAAGGAGGAGUUGCGGAAGCUGCUACUGGACCAGGUGCAGACAGUGCUUGGGCUACUGACAGGUGAGCAGUAUGGUAGUGCCCAGAGAUAGAGGCCUGCCCGCAGGCACCCAGAGUUCAGGCCUUGGCACUCAGCAGCUUUGAGCAGUUGUUUGCGCUGUUUCUGAGAUAGCAUGAAAAUGGGAAGCUGCGUUCCCAACACCUAUAGCCCAGGGUCUAG